AUGCAGUGCGCCUACCGCAGCAAAUUCUGCGACGCCCCUCGGGCCACGAAACUCGACGGCACACUGCAUAAGCUGUGUGACUUUCACCGCCACAAGGCCAAUGCCAACCAGCAGCGACUGCACCGGCGCAAGAAGCGCUUCCUCGAACAACAACAACAACAACAACAGGCGGCAGCGACGACAGCGGACUCGCCCACGUCCGACAUUGGCGGCAGCUGCUGCUCCCCUUCAAAGCGCGCACGAGGGCGUCCCACGAGUCCACGGAGCACGACAGAGCCCGUGGACUCUGUCACAUUGCACAACGGGUUUAACCUGCUCGAGGUCAAGAUCUUGGAAGUACUGCUCUUUGGCUCGGAAGGCGCGACGUGGAGGCCCGCGCCGCCCACGAGGGUCCAGAUGGACGACGACGAGCGGACCGUGUUCGAGGCACCCGCGAGUGGCCCCCCGACGGCGCUGGCGCCCGUGCCGUUGCUGGACAGUGUCUGGUCCGUCACGCUUUAG